AUGGAAAGUCUCUUAGAACAGCAAAGAAAAGCUCACGAAGAAAUUGAACGUUUGGAGCAAGCCAUCGUAGAUCAAUUCAUGAAAGAUCCAAAAUCUGUUGGGUUAGCGAUUUCCUUGACAGGAUUAGUUCCAGAAGUAAAUUCUUAUACGAGUUGUACGACGACACUGACGGGUAAUUACAAAGCGCGAAAGGCUGAAAUCGAUGCUUUAUCUGGUACUUCAGAAUUUAGUGAAUUUUAUGGUAGAUUGAAAUCAAUUAAAGAUUAUCACAGAAGAUAUCCUAAUGAAACUGUUGAACCUUUGGAAUUGGAAUUUAUUAAUCAGUCAAAACAGAAUGGAGAUGAUGAUGAACUCGACAAGUUAUUUUCUGGUGAAGAAGGAAGCGGUCGUUUCUUAGAUUUACAUGCCCUUCAUGAGCGAUAUGUAAACUUAAAAAAUGUUAAAAAAACUGAUUAUUUAACUUAUUUAACUGAAUUUGAUCAUUUCUCGGAAUAUCCAAAAGAACAUAAAUAUGGAGAAUAUCUCAAGUACUUGCAAGAAUUGAAAAGUUACCUGGAAAGUUUCUUCAAAAGAGUUAAACCACUUUCCAACUUGGAUGAUAUAAGAAUUGAUGCCGAGAGGACAUUCAAUGAGAAAUGGGCUCAAGGGAAGUUUCCUGGAUGGGAAAGACAAAUUGGUGCAGAUGAUGGUUCUAUUGAUUUAUUCUGUGUAGCAUGUCGAAAAUCUUAUUCAAAAAAGACUGUAUAUGACGCUCAUUUGAAAAGUAAAAAGCAUAUAAAAUCCGCAAAUUCAAUGAUGGAGAAAGGGAUCACAUCAAUUGACCAUGAAACGCGUGAAAAGUUAAAAUUGGAAGUAGAUGAAGGAAAAGAUAAGCGUGAAAAGGAAAUUGCAUUUACUGAAGCAUUGAUACAAAAAUAUGCCGAAAUUUUAGGUUCCCAACGUGAAGAUACUAAAGCAAACGUGGAAAGAAAAAGAGCUUUAACUGAUCGAGAACGACGGAUGGAAUUAGAGGCAGAAGAAGUGGAUGAUGUAGAAUCCGAAUCAGAAGAUGAAGAUAAAAUUUAUAAUCCACUUAAAUUACCCCUCGGUUGGGAUGGUAAACCAAUUCCAUAUUGGCUUUAUAAAUUACACGGUCUUGGUGUUGAAUACCCGUGUGAAAUAUGUGGUAAUUAUGUUUAUAUGGGAAGAAAGGCGUUUGAUAGACAUUUUCAGGAAUGGAGGCACGCUCAUGGAAUGAGAUGUUUGGGAAUACCCAACACGCGUCAUUUUCACGAAAUUACAUUAAUCGAAGAUGCUUAUGCUUUAUGGGAAAAACUCAAAAGCACAGGUAAAACUGAUGAAUUUAAAGCAGAUACAAUGGAAGAAUUUGAGGAUCUAGAUGGAAAUGUUUUCAAUAAAAAGACUUAUGAUGACUUAAAGAGACAAGGAUUAUUAUAA